CCGAGAGCAGAGGAGCCCAGAAAGCACAACAGCCCGAGCCACCAGGACCGGCCCCGUCGAGGCAGCCUCGCUUGGCCCUGGGAGCCCUCCGCUUCUCCUCCUCCUUCCUCCUCCUCCUCGGAGGGAUCGGGGGCCUUACUUCCCCCCCUCCUGCCCCCUCCCUGGGUUUUGCUUUCUCCCCUCGACAACAAUCCCUGAAGUCGGGGCUGUCCGCUCCAGAGCCGGGGAAGAAGAGCCGCAACUCCUCCAGCUCCAGCUCCGGCGCAGUCCAGCCAGGCUUCUUCUCCCUCCGACGGAGGCAUCGCAGACGGGAGCCCUCUGGCCUUGGCUUUUCCCUCGGGGCAGGCUCCGGAGUGACUCCAAGAGAGGCAGAGAUCCGUCGAGGAAGAGAGAGAGAGAGAUCUAAGCAUCCUUCUUCUCCUUUUUGUAAGCCGUCGGGGCUCCCCGAAGCCCAAGCAAACCCCUUCUUCCAUCUGGGGAGAUGAUCGCCUCCCCCGUCCCAAAGAUCCCUCUGGAUCCCAACGUUUUGGGGGAAAGAGAUUGCUCUCCGCGGCCUCAAGGGACCCAGUGAGCUCCCGCCCCGUCGGACCUCCAGUCCAGAGGGAAGGCUUUGAGACCUGUCUGUCAGAGAGAGAGAGAGAGAGAGAGCAUUGACUGUGGCAGCUCCAAUGACAGCCCCUUCUCUGGAUCGGAGGAGGAACCGGGGGCGAGGGCCCCCCCGACGGCAUGGCUAAGGCUAAGAGGAGCCCCCUCCGCUGAGGCCGCCCUCCAGGGCUGCUCCCUGGGCUCCUGCCAAGACUAGACAGGAGUGCUUUUCUCCCUUGCUUUCUCCAACUCGAGGGGGGCCCUGGCUGUUUGGGGGGGCCACCGGUGGCCUCGGGGUCCCUGGGAGGAAGGGGACCCCUUCCAGAGAUGCCCUGGGUGGUCUUUGGCCUCUUGCUGGUGCUCCUUCGAGGGUCCCGGGCUCUGCAAAGAGCAGAGUUAUCUGAAUGUUUUAUGGUGAAUGGGGCUGAUUAUCGGGGUUCACAGAACAGGACCUCACUUGGGAGCACUGGGCGUGCCUGCCUCUACUGGAAUCAGACUCGCGAGCAUGCCUACAACACAGCCAAGUACCCCAAUGGCGAGUGGGGCCUGGGCAGUCACAACUAUUGCCGGAAUCCAGACGGUGAUGUGCAGCCCUGGUGCUACAUCUCAGAGAAUGAGGAAGGCAUCUACUGGAAGUACUGCGACAUCCCGACUUGCCACAUGCCUGGCUAUGUUGGUUGCUUCCUGGACUCUGGGACACCUCCAGCAUUGAGCGGAAGCAGCGGCACUUCCACCAAACUCACAGUGCAAGUUUGCCUCAGUUUCUGCCGCAAGCGAGGUUACAAGUUUGCUGGUGUGGAAGCUGGGUAUGCCUGUUUCUGUGGCCAUGAAGGGGAUGUCCGGCGUAGCCAGCCAGUGAGUGCUGUGGAAUGUGACCAAGUUUGCUUUGGAAAGUCCAGUGAGCUGUGCGGAGGGGAUGGCCGGAUAGGCAUAUACAAUGUCUCCCUAGGUGCCUGCCAGGGAAACUUCAGUGAAUCGUCUGGAGUGAUCUACUCUCCACAGUUUCCAGAUGACUAUGAGGCUGACAGCAACUGCAGUUGGGCCCUGCAUCCUGCGGGCUAUGAUUCUGUGGAGCUCACUUUCCGGAUCUUUGAUGUACAUGACCCCAAUGACCGCCUGGAGCUGCGGGAUGGACACAGCAAUGUGUUGUUGGCCCAGUUUGAUGGGCGCUGGAGGCCAGGGACUCCGCUGCUCUUUCCCACUGACUAUCUGCUCCUCUCCUUCCAGUCAGACCAGCUUUUGCAAGCUCAGGGCUUUGCCAUCUUGUACAGAGGGGUGAAGGGUUCCUCAGUGAAUUUGCGAACCCUUCCAGGUGAUGGAUCUCGUCUCGCCCCGACCUCCUCGGAUUGGCUGAACUCCACCUGGACCUACAGUGCCAGUGACCCUGCCAUUGGAGUGGGAGCUUGGGUGAUGUACACGGCAACAGGGACCUUCAUCCUAGCCAUUAUCCUCAUCUCAUACCAUCUGCGCAAGAGGACUUGCCUUUUUGUGCAGAAGAAGACGGGCAGUUCUCUAGUCCCUUUCUCCUCCAAAGGUCCACGGAGCCGCUGCCAGUGCCUUGGGGGUGAGGCAUGGGCUGUGGCCUACCGACAUACCCGUGUGGUGAUUUGCACCACGCGUGGUGCCCCGCACCAUCGCCCUUUGCACAACAGUGGUGGGGGUGCCGGGGAUGACGAAGCCUCUUCAGACUGCUCCUGCCUGUGCCACAGUUAUGAGAACCUUUCUUCCACCAACCAAUCCUCUCUCAAAUCUCUCAUCUCCACCAUAUGAGGCAAGGCAUGACUGUUCUCAACUCCCACCAUCACCUCCACAGUUGCCAGCUCCCGCUUUUAUUUGCCAAGCCUAUAAGGUGGAACAUCAUCAGAUCACAAGGGACCCAGGGACUGGGACCUUAAUAACUGGAUCCACUCUUGGUGAAAUGCAAGGGAGCUGAUCCAUAAUGGAAGGCAGUGCCCAUUGUGGCAUUCAUAACAACAUUCCAGAGGAAUGGAAGCUCACUUUUCCACAGCCAUGCAUAUCAAUAAUCCCUACAGACCAAACUGGCUUCUAUUGGUGGGUUUCUGUGGGGCAGGAGAGGACAGAGGUGAUGGGGACCAUAUUGCCACAUCCUUUGGACGGGACAGUUCAAUUGAAAGAAAAAAAGGUGCUGGAAUUUUGUAAAGAUUCCCUGUGGGACAAAGAAGGUUGGUAGUCAUUCUGGAGUCAUGCUCCAUGAAAACAUGGGGAAAUUUAGGACUGUGUGACAUAUGAGGCACAUACUCUGUAAUGCAUGGUGUUAAUACCUCACAAAAUAAGAUUUUGUGAGAUACAAAGGCCUGAGAAUGGUGAAACCACAUCUCCAAAGUGAUAGUUGGCACCAGAAAAAGAGUGAUUAAUCUACAGAUACUAAAAGGGGGUCAGGAAAUGGUGUUUUUAUGCUGAACCCAUCACAAGUAUCUUUUUAGGGAUAUUUGGGUACAAAGAUUGCCUGAAAGCCAUGGGACACUUGGAAGGGUUAAUCACUUGGCUCUCAUGGGGGCUCUGUAAGCACAUCACAGAAGAAGAAGGAGAGGUAAUGAAAACCAGCCUCUUCUCUUCUGAGUCCCACAGGCUAAACAUUCAUUUUGGAACAUUAAACCUUCAUUAAAUUAUUUUCA